UUCGUAGCUAGAGGGCCUACCCAUUUUUCUUCUCCAUCUCAUCUCCAUCUGAACCACCAAAUUGAUGGCGCCACUGCGACUCUUGUUUCCCUGAUUCUCAGCGAUUCUUUUUGUUGUCUGUUCAGUUAUUCAAUUUUUAUUUCAUCUGCUUACAAAUUUCUUCCUCUGGGUGGAGUUAGGGUUCGGAGGACAGGAAGAAAGUAAAGAAGCAUCCAAUCUGAAACCAAAAUUCGGAUUGGACGGGAUCAAUCUCUUCGACAGGAUAUGUUUCCACCAACUUGUUGAUCUUCUCUCUAUGUUUUUAAAGCUUCAAUCUUUAAGCUUGCAUGUUACAGAUCUUGAAUGUUCAACUCUGAUGGAAUUUUAUUUUGAGAAAUUUGGGUAUUAUUUGAUUUAGGAUUAGGGGUAAAUUGAAGUUUUGAUUUGCUUGAAUUUGGAGGAGAAAGUUGCAUGGGUCGGAUUGCAAUGUUUGCUUCUUGCUAUUUUUUCUUCAGUGUUCGGGUCAGUUUUUUGUUAGAGAAUUUGAGAAUUUUAAUUGGGGCCCCAAAUUGAGGGUUUUAAUUGGGUGAUCUGAUUUACAAGUUCUUGCGCAUAGGGCAAAGAACUAGUAUUCUUUGAAAGAAUUUGGGGCAAUCUCUAAUGCUUUACAGGAGCUCAAGGAAGUUGCUUGUUUUACUGUUUAUGAAGAUUCAGAUCUGAUGUAUUAGUUUUUUUUUUUUUUUUUUUUAAUUUGUUUGGGAAAUGUGGAACUGAUUUUGAUUUUUGGUGUUGGUGGUAUAAUAGGAAGAGGGUCUGAAAGAAAUACUUUCCAUGGCAAUUUUCAGGGCAAUGAUGAUCCAAAAGUAAGUUAAAGAAUUGUUCUUUUAAUUGAGGAAAACGGGUUAUGGUUUAGUUUUAUUGAUGACUCAAAACAUUAUGAUAACCUCACAAGCAACUUUCGCCGGCCAUGAUACUUGAUGUCUUCGAUGAUCUUAUAUCUCGUAGAGUUAUUCUAGUGAUGCUGAGAAAUUUGCAGAAGAAUAUCCUUGUUGUACUGGUUAUGGAUUGGGUCGUGUCAUUUGUUAAUAUAUUUCUUGUUUCUUUGUGGAGCCAUGUACGUUGGUCCUGUGAUUUUGGCUGGAGGAUACAAAAUCCGGUCAUUAAAGAGCACACUGAAAGGUCCGACUGUGCCUAUGUAUCUCAUUCAAAGUGCAAAACACUUCCUUUUAUUACUGUUGAAGAAGGGUUGCUUUUCAAAUCUGAGCCUUCAAUGUUUGUUUGACAGAGCAUAGAAAAGUUGCUAGAGAUAACAGAUGCAGCCAUGGAGAGGAACAUGAAGAGAUUUAUGUUUUCUGAUGUAUUUUAUUUGAAAUUGUAUACAAUGUGUACAGUUCAUUUUAUAAAUACGUGGUUGUAGGUGUUUGAAAUGUUUUUUUUAAUGAUUUAUUCUCCAAAUUAAGCCA